AUGUUGGUUAGAUCUUUCAACCCCAGACUGAACACAAUCCUGUUCCUUGUCAUUGUUUUGUUAUUCUACUAUAAUGCAGUUGAACUGUUCAAAACAUCUUCAAGUAACCAACUAGUUGUUCCUCAUAAAGCUGCCCAUAUUUCGGUUUUAUCAAUAUUGUCUAAAUUCCCAACACAAGCUUCUCCUUCCAAGAAUUGUAAAAAACUUUGGAAUGAGAUUCGUCAAUUGAAAAUACCAGAAUAUAAUGAUACAAACUUUGAUCCUGAAAAUUUUGAUCCUUUUUUCAAAAAAUUAAUCAACUGGGAAGUUCAAAACAAUACAGCAUUGAUAAGAUCUUAUAAUCAUUGUUUCUUGGAUCAAAAUAUUUGUGAUGUUGAAUUGGAAAAAGAUUUAUAUCCUUGGUUCACUUUUGAAUCUCCAACUAUUAAUUCUGGUCCAAAAACAAAGAAUAGAAAGUUAUUCAAGAAAUUGAAAUGUUUCAAAGAUAUAAAAAAGAAUUUAAAAGGGAAAGGUAUUGUCUUGACUGCUACUGAAUUCCAUUUUAAAGAGUUGGUUAGUCUUUUCACUUUGUUAAGAGCAUUAGGUAAUCCAUUGCCUAUUCAGAUUGUUCAUAAAGGUGAUUUAUCUGAUUUUGUUCAAGAUAAUUUGAUUAAAGUGGCUACAGUACCAUUUGAUGAAAAAUUGAAACUUAAAAUAGGUGCUAAUUCGAACGCGAAAUUACCAAAAUUGAAAGUUGAAUUUAUCAAUGUCUCUGGUGUUAUUGUACCAAAGUAUGAUUACAGAUUUAAAAGAUUUCAAAAUAAACUAUUGGCAUAUUUGUUCAAUUCUUUCAAAGAAGUCAUAAUCAUGGAUGUUGACAGUGUCCCUUUUAUUCCUCUGCAAGACUUUUUCAAUAUUGAGGAAUAUAAAAAGACUGGUGCUUUCUUCUUUAAAGAUAGACUGAUGCAUCUUGGUCAUAGUAUGCCAGAUACUUUGGACUUUUUCAAGGAACUACUACCAACAGCUUUAGAAGAGGACAAAUUAAACAUAUCAAGGGCUACUAAGCACACUUUAAACAACAAUUUUUUCAAUGGGUUCAGCCAUAUGAUGGAGAGCGGUCUUGUGAUUGUUGAUAGAUCAAGACAUUUUUCGAAUUCAUUAAUGGCGAUUUCAUUGGCUCAAUGGACUAGAGCCAUAAUGAGCAGAAUUUGGGGAGAUAAAGAACUUUUCUGGUUAUCAAUGUCUAUAUCUGGUGAUGAAAACUAUAGUUUUAAUGAAAAUGGUGCUGCUUCUGUUGGUCAAAUUUCACCUAUCCCAAAUUCCCACUAUCCACAACAAUUAGAAUUAAAAGAACUAUGUUCAAAUCACCCUGGUCACGUUUAUAAGGACAAUUCCUUAUUAUGGAUGAAUUCUGGGUUCAAGUAUUGUAAAAAAGUCAUGCAUGUUGAUGAAUUCAAUCCAUUUUUUAAAGGUUGGAAAUUGGAAGAUUCAAAUGCUUUUAAUGAUUCACCUUUAAAAAUACGACAUGCAUUGGUUCCACCAAUCCCCAAUUUACCUGGAAAACCUUUUUAUCCAGAAAGUGAUAAGCCAAAAUAUCCUUGGGAAGGGAAGCCUUAUUGUGAAGGUUAUACUGUUUGUGGUUACGAUAAAGUUGGUAAUGAUGUUGGUAAUGUGAUUAAUUUUUCACAAAAGGAGACUCAACAAUUUGAUUUUCUAGGUCAGGUUUACUCAAAGGGUAUGGAUGUUUUGAUAGAAGUAGCUGGCUCUGAUCCUAAAUUUGAUAUGUGA